AUGGGUGGCAUAGGAAAAACAACUCUUGCUCGCGCUUUAUAUGAAAGAUUCUCUCAUCAAUAUGAUUUUCAUGGUUUCAUUGAUGAAGUAAGCAAAAUUUAUCAAGAUUCAAGUUCAUUUGGUUUACAGAAGCAGUUACUUUCCCAGAGUCUAAAGGAGAAAAAUCUAGAGAUUUGCAAUGCUUCGGAGGGAACAUGUUUGGUGUGGACCAGGCUACACAAUGCGAAGGCACUUGUUGUUUUUGACAAUGUUGAUGACAUUGAACAACUAAGGAUGUUUACAGGGAACAGAGACACUAUGUUGCGUGAAUGUUUGGGUGGAGGGAGCAGAAUCAUCGUAAUUUCCAGGGAUGAGCAUGUAUUGAGGACACAUGGAGUAGAUGAUGUUUAUAACGUCCGCCCUUUGACUGGAAAAAAUGCUGUCGAGUUGUUUUGUAGAAAUGCCUUCAGAGUUAAUUAUAUUUUGAGUGAAUAUGAAGAAUUGGCAGGUGAAGUUCUAUCGCAUGCUCAGGGGCAUCCCUUGGCAAUUAAAGUAAUUGGCUCAUCUCUGUUUGGUCGAAACGUAUCACAAUGGAAAGGUGCAUUGGGUAGGCUCAAAGAGAAUAAAAGUAGAAAUAUUAUGGAUGUUUUGCGCAUAAGUUUUGAUCAGCUGGAUGAAGGAGACAAAGGAAUAUUUUUGGAUAUUGCUUGCUUCUUCUGCAGUGAUUAUAAAGAAAAAUAUGUGAAUGAAGUUUUAAAUUUCCGAGGAUUUCAUCCAGAAUAUGGCAUACAAGUUCUGGUUGAUAAAUCACUCAUAACUACUGAUCAUGGGUGGAUUUAUAUGCAUAGGUUGUUGAGAGAUUUAGGCAAGUGUAUUGUACGAGAAAAAUCACCUAAGGAGCCUAUAAAGUGGAGUAGGUUGUGGGAUUUCCAAGAUCUCCACAAUGCCUUAUUAGACAAUCAGGCCACUGAAAACCUUGAAGCUAUCGUUGUUUCAGGUGAUAAGUUCAAUAGGACUGUUAAACCGACAAUGAUGGCAGAUGGUCUAUCAAAAAUUAAGCACCUUAAGUUGCUUCAACUUCAGUACUUGAACUUCUCCGGAAGUCUCAGUCAUCUUUCGAAUGAAGUAGGGUAUCUUACAUGGAAAGCAUUUCCUUUUGAGUGUUUGCCUCAAAGUUUUCAACCAGAUAAACUGAUUGAGUUAAACCUUAGUGAGAGCAACAUUCAACGACUAUGGACAGGCAGAAAGCCUCUACACAAUUUGAAACGUUUGGAUCUCUCUUUCUCAAAAAAUCUUGUUGAGAUGCCAGAUCUUGGAGACGCCCUAAAUCUCGAAUGGCUAGAUCUUGAAGGAUGCAUACAGCUCAAAAAAAUCAGUCCAUCCAUUGGCCUUCUGAGAAAGCUUGCUGUUUUGAAUUUGAAAAACUGCAUAAACCUAGUAAGCUUACCCAAGAACCUAUUGGGCCUGACUUCUCUUGAAUAUCUCAGUGUCUCUGGGUGUUCAAAACUGUAUAAUAAUCAGUUAUUAGAUGAAGGACGGAAUGGAGAGCAUUCGAAGAAGCUUUGUUUAGUUGAAGAUGCUUUCCAUUCCGAGACAAAAUCCUCUUUUAUUAAAAAAAUGCUUUCGUGGCCUUUGGAUCUGUUGUAUUCCAGAGCACAGAGAGAGUCAGUUAGUUGUUUAACACCUUCCUCUCCUACUCUGCCUUGUUUGCGUGAACUUGAUCUAAGUUUCAGUAACUUAGUUCAUAUCCCUGAUGCCAUUGGAAAGUUACAUUGCUUAGAAAGGCUAAAUUUAAAGGGAAACAAUUUUGUUACGCUUCCCAGCCUCAAGGACCUUUUCAGACUCUAUAAUUUAAACUUACAGCAUUGCACGCGCUUGAAAUAUUGUCCUGAUCUCCCUUCACGAGUUGACUUGCCCUCAAGACGUUACAGUCUGUUCUUGCCAUAUUCACCUACUUUCAAUUCACGUCCAGUUAAACACGACGAAGUUGUUGGAGGAUUAAACAUUUUCAACUGUCCAGAAUUAGUUGAUAGGGAACGGUGCACUAGCAUGGGUGUUUCAUGGAUGAUACAAAUUGUUCAGGGAAACCAGCAACUAACGCAUAACUCUGCUGUGCUACAAGGCGAACCACCAAUGCAGAUGUUUUCCAGUUAG